UUCACCUCCAACCUAGCAUCUUUCUCGUCCCGGUCAGGUUCAAUGGCAGCUCGCUCGUGGCUCGUUCUCGGCCUCGUGUUGGCGUUGGGAGCUCUAAGUUCCCAAGCAGAGGCCGGGCGAGCUUUCUUCGUGUUUGGGGACUCGUUGGUUGACAAUGGCAACAACAACUACCUUGCCACCACUGCCCGGGCAGACUCGCUGCCGUAUGGCAUUGACUUUCCAACACACCGUCCGACUGGCCGCUUCUCCAAUGGCCUCAACAUCCCCGACUUCAUCUGUAAGCACCUCGGUUCGGAUUUUUUGCUUCCGUAUUUGAGCCCCGAGCUCAAUGGUCGGAAGUUGCUGGACGGGGCGAACUUUGCUUCUGCUGGCAUUGGCAUUCUGAAUGACACUGGAAUUCAAUUUAUCAACGUAAUAAGAAUGUUUAGACAACUAGAGUACUUCGAAGAGUACCAGAAGAGAGUGGGCGGCAUCAUCGGAGCCGAGAGAACAACCCAGCUAGUCAACGGAGCUCUAGUUAUCAUCACCGUCGGCGGCAAUGAUUUCGUCAACAAUUACUUUCUCGUCCCCUUCUCUGCCCGAUCGAGGCAGUAUGCUCUCCCUGAUUACGUUAAGCUUCUCAUCGUCGAGUAUCGAAAACUUCUUCUGAGGGUGUAUGAACUUGGAGCGCGGCGAGUUCUAGUGACGGGAACGGGACCGCUCGGGUGCGUUCCAGCGGAAUUGGCGAUGAGGGGUGGCAACGGCGGGCAGUGCUCGACGGAGCUGCAGCGGGCGGCGUCCUUGUAUAAUCCGCAGCUUCUUGAGAUGAUCAAAGGACUCAACAGUCAAAUUGGAUCCAAUGUGUUUGUGGCUGUUAAUACUCACCUAAUGCACAAUGAUUUCAUCACCAAUCCUCUGCCAUUCGGGUUUCAAACAUCAAGAGUGGCAUGUUGUGGGCAAGGGCCAUUCAAUGGGUUAGGGCUUUGCACAGUGGCAUCAAACUUAUGCUCCAAUAGAGAUGACUAUGCCUUUUGGGAUGCCUUCCAUCCUUCCCAAAAGGCAAAUGGGAUCAUAGUGAAACAAAUAUUCCAAGGCACAACCCAAUAUAUGUACCCAAUGAACCUUUCCACCAUCCUUGAAUUGGACUCUAGGACUUGAAAACUAAAACCCCCACCCAAAAAAAAAUAAAAAAAUAAAAAAAAUUAAAGAGAGAGGAGAGAGAAAAAGGAUAAUCUUAUCUCUCUCUACAAACACCUAAAAUGUUCUUUAUGCUCCCUUUCAAAAUAACCCUUGUGGGUUUGAAUGCCCUAUAUAAGUCUAUGUUAAUACUAUAUAAUUUGGUGUUUGUGUGUA